AUGGACCAAAACGUAACAUAUCGAAGCCCUCGAAAUGCUGCAAUGCCCAACGAAGGCCGCACCAGCCAACAAGGUGACGCGCGCAGCAAGGAUGACCAGAGAGCUUUCAGCACUGAUAAAAGCAAAGAUAUGAGCUCGUCGCGCAGAUCUCCGUCCCCGUCGUCGUCUUUUGCUCCUCCGCGACGCCCCGAAUCACGACCACGACCACCUCGCGAGCAGCAGCAACCUCACCCAGCACUUCCCCGAGAUAACCUCGGCAGGGGGCGAUCGAUUGAACGACCCCUGGAGUCCUUCAACCCCAGAAAUCAGCGUCGCGAGCCGUCAAACUUAUCGGCACAGGGCUCUGUCGAGGGAGCGCGUCAGGGAGCGCGUCAAAACCGUCGAUCGAGGCAUCGAAGUCGAGAGCGACCACGGCGUCAGUCGAGACACCGAUCGCCACCGCGGCCGCCGCAGGAGCCUCGACGAGGGUUUGCACCUGAUUCCAUCUUCGAUCGCCCUGCCCGUUCAGGGCAUCUAGAUCAGCCUGACACUGCAAAGGAGAGGGAGCAAGAUCUUCCCCACCGCAACACUGCCGCUCGCGAACCAUCGCGUCUUGCCUCCUCCCCAGCUUCAACUUCGAAACGGCCAAGAAGUCCCGGGCCACAAGUAGCAGAUUCAGAUCAUUCAGCCAAAAGGCCGCGUCGCGGUCCCAGUCCUCAAACCGACGAACCCUAUCAUUUCGACAAUCGUUCAGCACCAGACAAGGCAGGCCCGAGGAGGGAGGAGCAUCCCCAGCGGCCGUUUUCUCCGGGCCGACCGCGGUCGCGAUCUCCCGGUUACGGUCGCGAUUUUGACCGACGUGAGAAGCGUAAAAAGAAGAAAAAGAAGAACAAGAACCGUCGCGACCGCUCAAGGUCUCCGAAUCGAGACAGGGACGAGUUUGGACGUCCGGCUCCUAGUGGCCGCAAACCUCUUCCCCAGCCAGGGAGGGACUCUGGAGGAAGACGUCGAUCUCGUUCGCCUCUAGUACCCGAUCGUCCGCGAUCUUUCUCCCGUGGUCGAUCGCCGCAUUCUCCAUCUCACGGCGCCGAACACCCGCCAUUCUCUCCAUCUCAACAAGGACCACCUAGGGGCCGAGGACGCAACCCCAGCCGUGACUUUGACGCACAACCGGAGCGGAGGCAUCACGCCGGGCGAGCAACGCCCCCACCACCCGAGGUCCCGCGAUCACGAAAGAAGGGCAGAGGCCGUGAAGAGCGGCACUCCCGCAAGUCGCAAGCACCUCGUGUGUCUGGGGCCAACAGCGUUGAAGUGAACAUGUCGGCGAGGGGAAGCGGCUAUCGCGGCGGCUACGGCCCAAGUGGUGGCUAUCAGAUGCAGGCUCCAUACGCCCAAGGGCCUCCCACAGGACCUAGGCGAUUCUCGCACUCUUCGGGGCAUGCAACACCAAACAGCUUUCAUGGAACACCGCCGCCUCAAUCCCCCUAUGGUGGAAGCCAAGGCUGGGGCGGGCAACAACAAUAUCAAUCCCCUAGCUAUAUGCAUCAAUACCCUCCCAACGGAGGUUAUACGCCCAACGGACCUCACAAUCCAGGCAACUUUACUCCAACGGGGCCACACGGCCAAUAUCAUCAGUCACCGUCAUAUGCUCCGCCGUCAGGCCCCAAUUCACAAUAUUCAUACCCACAAGGUCCCGCCCGCGGUGGUCACCGAGGCGGCUUUAGAGGAGGAAACGCCUUCAACCAAGUCGGGCGAGCUGGGUAUCGUGGGAAUAGUUUCAAGAGUGCGAGCCACAAUGGGAGUGUACAUGGUGGUAGUGUACAUGGAGGCAGCGUUCAUGAAAGCAGUGUCCAUGGAGGUAGCGGCCAAGCUAGCCCCGCUGCAGCUUCAAACGUUGGGGAAUCAGCAACACAGCAAGCUCAUGAACAUCCUAAUGAGCAAGCCAAGGAUGAUGAAAAUCCUUUUAGACCUUCUAAAGAUCUGCAGGUCGAAGAUAACAGCCAGUCGGGACAUGGCGAAGACAGUUCCCAACCGCAACAAGACCAGCCACAAAAAACAAUGCCUCAAACCGAAAGACAACCGCCGAGUGGCCCGUCAAACCCAAAGAUCAAGUUUCAAUUCAAAUCUUCCUCCAAGGUGCCUGCAACAAUACCGAAGCCAGAGAUCUCAUCCAAGUUCAACGCAUUACCGCCGACGCAGACGAAAGCUCAACAGCAGCAGCAGCGCCAAGAAGCCAUCAACAAGGAGAGAAAUCUUCCCCAAGAUGUGCCAACAGGGCCGGCAUCUUCAAGAUCUCGUCAAGACAGGGGCCCACGGCCACCGCCUGAUGCGCCUAGGCAGCCAUCAAGCCAACAACCCCAGUCCCGGUUCAGGAUGGUGAAGAAAACAAUGAGACGGCCAAUAAGAAAGGAAGGGUUGCCGACAGAAAUGGCGAACUCGGACUCAGUGUAUUACCGGAAGCCGGGCAACGAAUCAGUCGUCGGUGCCGGAACAUACGGCAAAGUCUUCAAGGCGAUCAACGUCUACACUAACAACCUAGUGGCCCUCAAAAGGAUACGAAUGGAAGGAGAGCGGGACGGGUUCCCGGUGACGGCUGUUCGCGAGGUCAAACUGCUGCAAUCGCUGAGGCAUAUCAAUAUCGUAAAGUUGCAGGAGGUUAUGGUGGAGAAGAACGACUGUUUUAUGGUCUUUGAGUACAUGUCGCAUGACCUGACAGGGCUGCUGAAUCACCCAAGCUUCAAGCUGGAAGCCGCACAAAAGAAGGACUUGGCAAGGCAAUUGUUUGACUCGCUGGACUACCUACACCGGCGAGGUGUCCUACAUCGCGACAUCAAGGCUGCCAACAUCCUAGUGAGCAACGACGGUAUUUUGAAGCUGGCUGAUUUUGGUCUCGCACGAUUCUACGCAAAGCACCACCAACUCGACUACACCAAUCGCGUCAUCACGAUAUGGUAUCGAUCACCAGAGCUGCUGCUUGGGGAGACGCGGUACGGCCCUGCGGUUGACAUCUGGUCAGCGGCCUGCGUCAUGGUGGAGAUAUUGACGCAGUAUGCCAUCUUCCCCGGCGAAGGGGGCGAGAUCAGCCAGCUGGAUAAGAUAUGGGCGGUGCUGGGGACGCCAAGCCGAUCUGAGUGGCCGGAGCUACUGGAGAUGCCCUGGUUUGAGCUGUUGCGGCCGACCUUCAAGAGGCCCAACAACUUUGCCAAACUGUACCAGCACCGCGUGACACCCGCUGCAUUUGACCUGCUUGAGGCAAUGUUUCGCUUCGAUCCUGCCAAGAGGCCUUCUGCUGCCGAAAUCUUGGAACAUCCUUAUUUCACAGAGGAGGAGCCGGCUCCAAGACAGGCUGUUGAGCUGGCCACUAUCGAAGGUGACUGGCACGAGUUCGAAUCAAAACAGCUGCGGCGCAAGAACGAGGCCAAGGAGAAGGAGGCGCGGCGGGCUGCUCGUGCCGAAAAGGAGAAGGAAGCGGCUGGGGCCGGGGGAUCUGACAAGAAGAGGCCGCACGACCAAACCGCUGUGGCGUCGGAGCAGAGCCAGCCGGACGCCAAGAGGCAGAACGUGGACGGCAGGCCGCCGGCGCAGGAGAAAGCCGGCGACGCAGGGUAG